AUGGAAUAUCUGCGCGUGGCGAUGGAGAUGAUGGAGAGCUUUGAAGCCAAGAACCUGUUUAUUCUGUUCAACAAGCAGGAUCAUCUCUCCCCAGAGAACGCAGCAAGUAUCGUCCGAGACCUCAAAUCUCAGAUCGAGAAAGAGAUAAAACCUUACGAGAACAAGCUCGACAUUAGAAUACUGGACUAUCCCGGUCUGAGCGCGCUAAACGGCACACAUUUACACGCCGCCAUGGAAGAGAUCAGAAUGGCUCUGAAACCUACAAAACCAACCCCGAACGUCAAAGCUGAGAUUGAACAAAAGGUCAAAGGCCCGAGUGAGGAUGAUCUCGUCAAUCGAAUUAGGCAAGAAAACGCUACAAGCGUCGACGCGCAAACGUUUUGGAAGCGGUUCCUGGACGGUAGUCUUGAGUCGUGGGAUCAUUACACCCAUCUCCGAGCAGGCUUUUUUGUUCUGCGCGAUUGCUUCGCCAGGGGAGACAAUGACUAUUUUCUGGCUGCAACAGAUUCAGGUCGCUGCUAUUGA